AUGACUCAAAUCAUCUCUCUAUCGGAUUAUUUCGUUAACGUAUACCCGUUGAAAUGCCCUCCAGAUACCCGAUAUUUAGCAUCCGUAGAAGGACUAAAAACCGUCGCAUGUUCAAUUUCUCUACUCUCCCUACCUAUUCUAUUUCUCACAUUUUUUUGCAUUACAAGGAAAACUCCAGAAAGCAGGAAAUCAAUUAAAAUGGGAUUAUUGAAUCUGAACUUUUGGUAUACCGUUGUUUCUUUGACCAUAGGAUCUUGCUUCAUAAUUCCAAUUACAUAUCUACCAUUUUCUGCAAGUAGUACAAUUGGAUUUGCUCACUAUUUAAAUAUUCCACCAAUUAUCCAAUUGUAUUUGUUUAUAACCGUGAAUAAUGGUAAGUUAAGCAGUUUUUUUACAAUUUGGAAAUCAAGUGUCAGUAAACUAACAGUUGAGAAUAGUUCAGAAUUGAAUAAAAAAGGCUUCAAUCAGAUUAUUCCAGCAAUGAUUGUCUCGAUAACAGUGUUGUUUGAAAAUCGGAGUAGCUCAAUUACAUUAAACAAGUUCAGUAUUUCAAGACGAAUAUCAAAAUUGUUUUGGAUUUUUGUAAAUUGUUGUGGAACGAUUGUGCUCAUAACUCCGCCGUUUCUAAAUUUGCCAGAUCAAAAUGCUUCUAGAAUUGAGAUUUUAAAAGUUUGUUUAUCCAUUUUUUUUCUGAAAUAAUUUAUACCGUUUCAAACAGUCUACUUAUUCCAGAUUCUACAUUGCCCAGUGAAAGAGUUUUCACUGAACCUACUGCUGUAGUAGCUUUGGGAGAUUUUUGGGACACUUAUUUGAAAUUAUCUGGAGUGUUGAUAUUUUUGAUUUCGAUGGUUCAAGUUGUAUUUUUCUCAGCUUGUUGUGUCUACUACCUGAUCAUUUUCAAACAUUCCAAUGUCUCCGUGGCCACUCGUCGUCUACAGUUUCGCGUAUUUAUAGGACUCGUAAUUCAAAAUUUAGUUCCAAUGGUAUUAUCUUAUAUUCCAGGGAUGAUAAUUCUGAGUAAAAAUGGGGGUGACCAGUAUAAUCAAAUGGAUAAUAACUUGAUAUUUAUAAGUUUAGUUAGUCACAAUGGAAUUGGAAGUUUAUCCAUUCUUGUUGUGCAUAGUUCUUAUCGGAAAUAUUUGAUUUCAAUUUUUUGUAAAGAAAAGUCAAAAGUUAUUCAAAUAUCAAAUUGUCCUACAGUUAUACAUUCGUGA